AUGGGGAGCCGCAGCUACGGCCGCUCCAUGGCGAAGGCAAUGGUCCAUUUCAAGGAUAACAACUUCUCUGGCUUCUGCGAAGCGCUGGCUGUCGGCUCGCUGCAGGAUGCUAGCAUCUCUGUCACGCUCGCACAGCCCGAGGAGCCUGACUGCCCACUCAUCGGCGUCAGCAAGGGGUUUCAACUCCUAACCGGAUACGCCCGCGACGAAGUUCUUGGCAGGAAUUGCCGGUUCCUGAAUCGUGGUUGCAUCAUUCCGAAAGAGGACCGACUGCGCUUGCGGGCCUGUGUCCGCAGGGGCAAAGGCUUUGUAGGGCAACUCCAGAACCGUCGGAAGAACGGCGAGGCCUUUCUGAACUUCCUCUGCAUCGAAACGCUCCGCGUCGGCUCCGAAAGCUACCUGCUGGGCUUCCAGGUGGACAUGACGCACCGGAGUGACCUUGAGAACGUACAGCAUCUGGUUCAGCUCGAGCUGGAUGCUCUUGUCUCCACGAUCUUGUAUGCUCAAGAUGAUGUUUUGUCUCGCUUGCAGGUGGUCGAGGAUUUCGAUCACAAAGCUUGGUUGCUCCGGAAGGAGUACGACCAUGCGAAUUUCGCUUCGCUCGCGCCGCAUGACCAGCUGCUCACCAAAAACACUUUCCUCGAGGUCCAGGCAGAGGAAGACGAGAAGCCACUCCGGCGAUCUGUAUCAGACUCCAUCUUUGAGGAAGGCUGUAGCACUUCCGAGGAGGCCUUCACCAAGACGCUGAAGAUCCUGAAGGACCAAGCGGAUUGGCUGCAUGAGAAAGUGCGAGGGAUCCCGGCCCAGGCGGCCCAGGCCGGGGUGAAGGAAGAACCGCAGUUUGAGGAGAUGGAAAAAAGAGCUCUGCCCAGCGUGGGCAGCCAGCUCCAUCCGGAAUGCACGCCGCUGCGGCCCGAGAUCGUCGAGACUCGCGUUGCCGAGACGUUUGUCAGACGCAAGACGGAGCGUCGUCGGCGCCACUGUCCCGUGUUGAUACAAGGCCGCCAAGGUCGCACAUUAGGUUACUUCCAGGAAAGGAAAAACGGUGGCGGGUCCAUGAGAAGUGCAGUGAGGGGAUUUAGUUUCCAAUGA